UAAGUAUCACACUCACAUGCUCGAAUAUUUUGCCUCAUAUUCUGCAGGCUGCCAGUGUUCCCUGUGGCUGAAUGGCAAUUUAGGGAAACACAGUCACUCCUGAUGAGGCACUCAGCCAGAGCAGCACAUACAGCUUGGGAGAAGGAGUAAAACACAGUGCAAACCCCUUUAAUUUGGAAAAAAACCCCAACCUUUUCCCAGAAGCCUUGCUCAGUGACAUAUGGUGACACAGCAUGUGCCAGCAAAGGUGCUCCAAAACGUGUCCCUCUGGCUCAGGAAAGGACUUGGAGCAAAACCAUUCGUGUGGUGAUGAUAUCACUGAUGGAAGGAGCAAAAAUCCUCCCCCUGGCUUGGCCUGAGUGUUUGUUUGGUGGAGGAGAAGUCAGAGCGAGCCUUGGAAUCGUUCCUUCCCUCCUGGCACAGCCAGGCAUUGUCCCCACAAGUCAGAAACGUUCCCUGCAGGUGUAACAGCAGCAGGGCAGUGAGACACGGUGUCCCCACCGUCCCCAGGCUGGACAAGGCAGGGAGAGCUCACCCGGGGCAGGAAGGUGUUCAGGUGUUCCCUGGUGCCAAAGACCCGCCCGUGGCUCGGAGAGGUAACACGGAUUGCUGCGGUGAUGGCACAGCUCACCCUGCGAGCCAGCACCUGAAGGGGCCCAUUCCAGCUACCUGGGGAGAGGCUUUUCGGGCAAACCCGCUGUUUUUCCACAGAGCUGGAUGAUUUUACCAGCCACACUCCUGCCUGCCACCCUCCAGCUCCUCCAGUGCCUUUGGCAUCAGCACCUCAACCAUCCCAAACCCACCUUCCCCCCCACCAGGCCGGGAUGCUGCAGAUGGGAGAAUUUCCAUCUUUCCAGUGGCAGCAGCGAGAAAAUGGCCUCGUUUCCACCAGGAAUUAUGCAAAGCUGUGGAAUGUAGGGCUUCACGCUCUCCCCGGCGGCGCACAGCCCCCGACGGCCCCGUUUUGGGGAGGCUGAGCGCUCGUUUGGCACCCUGAUUAGUCAGCACUGCUAAUUAUAGCUGUGCUUCUCCUCCUCAGAGCUCCUCGAGCACCGUUGGAGUAACAGGGAACAGCGGAACGGGGCUGGAUCCGCUCGCUGCGGAAAAGACACCGGGAUAAACGGAAUGCGGGGGAAUGUUCCGGCAGCGGGGCUCUGAGCCCGGCUCGGGGGUCACGAGGCGCUGAGCUCAUGGAUUUGUCAGCCCAGCCACAGGAUGCUCCCACAGCGCUGGGGAAAGCUGAUGGGAUGCCGGGAGGUGAUGACGUUUCCCCGAAGAAAAGAGACUUGGAUCAUGAAUAUAAGUGAAGACUUUGACGUCAGAGUUGAGAUUUAUCAGCAGAUCCAAUGGGGCAGGAAUAUUAAGUGCAAGUCGAUGCCAGCUCUCUGCCAACGCUAUUAGCGAUGCUCGCCGAGGAAUGAGGAUUCGCACCAAGGGCUGGAAGGACCGGCGAGGAAAAAAAUAAAAAACGGGGUGGGGGGAGCAAGCUGAUCCUCGAGCAUUAAAACCAGCGAUGCUGCACGGCCCCGCCGCCAUGGGGGAGCCGUGGCCGCCGCAGCAGCAGCAGCAGCAGCGGCUCCCGGGGCUCGGCAACGCCUCGGAGCCCCCAGCCUGGCCCUCGGCGGCGGCGGCCGGGCCGGGCACGGCGGCACCGGGCGGCGGGGCCGCGGCCGCGGGCUCCGUGAGCCCCUGGGACAUCGCGCUGUGCGCCACGGGCACGGCGGUGGCGGGCGAGAACGCGCUGGUGCUGGCCGUGCUGUUCUACACGCCGAGCCUGCGGGCUCCCAUGUUCCUGCUGAUCGGCAGCCUGGCGCUGGCCGACCUGCUGGCCGGGCUGGGGCUGGUGGCCAACUUCGCCGUGCGCUACCUGCUGCGGCCGCCCAGCGAGGCGGCGGAGCUGGCGGCCGCGGGGCUGCUGCUGGCCGCCUUCUCCGCCUCGGUCUGCAGCCUGCUGGCCAUCACCGUGGACCGCUACCUGUCGCUGUACAACGCGCUCACCUACCACAGCGAGCGCACGCUGGGCUUCACCUGCGCCAUGGUGCUGCUGAUGUGGCUGCUGUGCCUGGGCGUGGGGCUGCUGCCCCUCCUGGGCUGGAACUGCCUGCGGGACCAGAGCUCCUGCAGCAUCCUGCGGCCCGUCACCAAGGACAACGCGGCCGUGCUGGCCGUCACCUUCCUGCUGCUCUUCGCCCUCAUGAUGCAGCUCUACCUGCAGAUCUGCAAGAUCGCCUUCCGGCACGCCCAGCAGAUCGCCGUGCAGCACCAGUUCAUCGCCACGGCGCAGGCCACCUCCACCCGCAAAGGGCUCUCCACGCUGUCGCUCAUCCUCGGCACCUUCGCCCUGUGCUGGAUCCCCUUCGCCAUCUAUUCCCUGGUGGCCGAUUCCAGCUACCCCGCGGUCUACACCUACUCGCUGGCGCUGCCCGCCACCUGCAACUCGCUCAUCAACCCCAUCAUUUACGCCUUCAGAAACCCGGACAUCCAGAAGUCGCUGUGGCUGGCCUGCUGCGGGUGCAUCCCUUCCACGUUCUCCUCCAGACCAAGGACAUCCAGCGACGUGUGAGGACUGAGCACGGAGCCAGAGGUGCUCUCCUGGCUCUCCUCCUCCUUCUCUUUUUCCCCUCUGUCGUUAUUGUUUCCUACCGGGAGGAUUCCCCCUCCCCGGUCAGCACAUCUCGUUCCAUGGAAAGAUGGCCAAAAAGAGAGAAAGAAAAAAAAAAAAGAGCAAAAGGGAAAAAGAAAGAGAGAGAGUAGAAUGAUAAUGGUUUCCUUUAGAAAUGUUAUUUUCUUACACAUUUUAUUUUUUAUUUAAAAACACAAAACACCAAAAAAAAAAAAAAAAAAAAAUGAAAUAAAAAAAAAAAAAAAAAAAAAAAGGAAAAGGAUCCUCGCACGAUGGCGUUUGUCUGCUCUCGGGGUAAGGAGCCAGGGGAGCAGCGGGCCCCAUCCGGGUGCUCCCACGCCUCGGGGGCACAUCCAUGGGAAGGCCACAGGAGCGGGGGGUGGGGACAGAGGUGUCGCACCCCCGGCGGGGCUGGUCCCCACGCGUGGGGUGGCUGUGCCCAUCCCUGAAAUCAGGGCCUGCGAUGCUAUGCAAUAACGGGGGGGGCGCGGGGAGGAGAGCUCCGGCCGGGGGGACACGGUAGAAGGGACACGGCAGCAGGGACAGGGCAGCAGGGACACGGCAGCAGGGACACGGCAGAAGGGACAUGGCAGCAGGGACAUGGCAGGAGGGACACGGCAGCAGGGACACGGCAGCAGGGACACGGCAGCAGGGACAUGGUAGAAGGGACACGGGCACUCCCUGUGCCUCCCCGGCCCCAGAAGCACCGCGGGGUGAAAGACACUUUAGGUGAGGCAUGCUGGGGCUGUCGCAGGGAUGGGGGUACCCAGGGAAUCCAUUCCCUCCUUCCCAAAACCCCCCCAAAAAUGUGGCUGGGGCAGGGCUGGAGGUGUGGGGGUGGUGAGGGCAGCUGGCCAGCACCCCAAAGGCUGGGAGGGCUCUCCUUGGGGUGCUGCCGUCCCCUCUCACACACGAGUUGUUUACAAGGGGUGGGAUUUUCAUCCAAAGAGGGGUCCCGGCUUGCUGGAGGCCCCGAGGGGAAGCCUCUGUCACCACACGUGUCACUGCUGAUGCAGCCGCUGUACCCGCCAGGUCCCGACGCUGCUGUGCUGUGCUCUGUGGUGCUGUGAGCCCAUGAUGAAGUGUCCUUGGUCCUGUGCUUGCUUUUGGCCGGGAGGGGGAAUCGUGCGUUCACUGAUGAAGCAAGGAGAAGCCAAGCCACCCCUAGAGAGGUGGCAGGGCUGGGCUGGGACACCCGGGGCACAGGAGGGCGCUGCCCGGGGUCCUGGCAUGGGGGACCCUCCAGCAGCUGAGUCUGGUAUCCGAAUAUUCCGGAGAAAUUGUUGUGGAGUUGGAGAGGGAGUUUGGCAGGGGUGUGCAGGAAUGACUUCCCACUGCCAGAGGGCAGGGCUGGAUGGGAUUUUGGGCAGGAAUUGUUCCCUGGCACAGGUGCCCAGAGCAGCU